CGCUGGUGCAGGUGCUCUGUCUCUUCGGGGGAGGAUGCCAUAGGAAAGACGGGCAGGGGAAAGAAUGAAGGAAAACGCCGAGAGAGAGGAGAACAGGAUAUGAUUGGAAACGCGUGGAAAUUAAAUAUGAAAGAUUUAUUGUAAGGGGCACUUUGAGCUGUUAUUCCUGGUUGGCAAUAGUACUAUGAUUUGGUAUGUGGCCACUUUGAUAGCAAGUGUUUUCAGCACCAGAGGAACGGCAGCUCAAGGUGCCCACGGAGUGAGAGAGGAGCCCCAGUUUGUGACGGCCCGUGCAGGAGAGAGUGUUGUUCUGGGUUGUGAUGUGAGCCACCCCCUAAACGGCCAGCAGACUCCCUAUGUGGUGGAGUGGUUCAAAUUCGGUGUGCCUAUCCCCUUCUUCAUCAACUUCCGAUUCUAUCCUCCUCAUGUGGACCCUGAGUAUGCUGGGAGAGCCAGUCUACAUGGCAAAGCUUCUCUGCAGAUUGACCAGGUUCGCUCGGAAGACCAGGGCUGGUACGAGUGCAGGGUACUCAUGCUGGAACAGCAGUACGACACCUUCCAUAAUGGAAGCUGGGUUCACCUCACAGUCAAUGCACCCCCUACAUUCACGGACACGCCACCGCAGUACGUGGAGGCGAGGGAAGGUGGCAGCAUUACUCUGACCUGCACGGCCUUUGGAAACCCCAAGCCGGUGGUCACCUGGCUGAGAGAGGCGGAUCAGCUGACCAGCAGCAAGAAAUAUAUGGUGAGUGACGGUAGUUUGACGGUGCAGGCCAUCGUGAGGGAGGACCGGGGGGCCUACAGCUGCCGUGCCCACAGUGACCAGGGGGAGGCGGUGCACACCACCCGCCUGCUGGUGCAAGGUCCUCCGUACAUCGUUUCACCACCGGAGAACAUCACUGUAAACAUAUCCCAGAAUGCCCAAUUUACGUGCCAAGCCGAGGCGUAUCCUGGCAACCUGACCUACACCUGGUUCUGGGAAGAGGACAACGUCUACUUCAAGAAUGAUCUGAAGCUUCGAGUACGCAUCUUUAUUGACGGAACCCUUAUCAUCUACCGAGUGAAGCCAGAGGAUGCUGGGAAAUACACCUGUAGCCCUAGUAACAGUCUGGGCAUCUCCCCCUCUGCUUCAGCUUACCUGACUGUGCAAUACCCUGCCCGUGUUGUGAACAUGCCACCUGUCAUCUACGUCCCAAGAAAAUUGCCUGGAAUCAUUCGCUGCCCAGUGGAUGCCAACCCCCCUGUUACAUCAGUCAGAUGGGAGAAAGAUGGCUACCCUCUUAGAAUCGAGAAGUAUCCCGGAUGGAGCCAAAUGGCAGAUGGAAGCAUUCGGGUGGCAGAGGUCACUGAAGACUCCCUUGGCACCUAUACCUGUGUGCCUUACAAUGUCCUAGGUACCAUGGGACAGUCCCCUCCGGCCACUCUGGUGCUAAAGGACCCCCCUUACUUCAACGUGAGGCCCGGGGGGGAGUACCGCCAAGAGGCGGGGAGAGAGCUGGUCAUCCCCUGCGCUGCCUCUGGAGACCCUGAGAUUCCAACCAUUGUAUGGAGAAAGGUCGGGAAGCCCAGCAGAAGCAAGCAUAGCCUCUUAACAAGUGGUAGCUUACAGUUUGUGUCUCUGAGCAAAGAGGAUCACGGGGAGUGGGAAUGUGUCGCAACCAAUGUAGUAACAAGCAUCACUGCCAGCACACGCCUUUUUGUAAUAGGCACUAGUCCACAUGCACCAACCAAUGUCCAUGUGUCAGCAUCCACAAACUCCGCUAACGUUUCCUGGGAACCUGGAUAUGACGGAGGCUUUGAACAGACGUUUUCGGUCUGGUACGGCCCGGUGAAGGUGAAGAAUGAUUUAGGACCUCACGAUUGGCUGUCCAUACCAGUGCCAGGCUCUCAGACGUGGUUGAUGGUGCAGGGGUUGGAGCCAAAGACUGCCUAUCAAUUCAGUGUGCUGGCCCAGAACAAGCUGGGCACCGGCCCCUUCAGUGAGGUUGUCACUGUGACUACAGGAGGGCAUCCCAUAAGUACCCCUGAACCCAUGGUGCUACUAACUCCACCACGGUGCCUGACAGCCAACCGGACACAGCAGGGUGUAUUGUUGACAUGGCUCCCUCCAGCCAAUCACUCUUCACCAAUUGACCGUUAUAUCGUAGAGUUCCGUCUGGGAGAGAGGUGGGAGGUUCUGGAUGACUUGAUUCCUGCCACUGAGACGGAGAUCAUAGCAAGAGACCUCAUUCAGGACUCUUGGUAUGAAUUCAGAGCGCUCGCUGUAAUGGAUGAUCUUGUCAGUGAAAGCAGUAAUGUGGUGGGAGUGUCAAGUACAGACCCCUUCCCUCCCACAGAGAUCUCAGAUGAGGGGCUGGCCAAGCCAGUGGUGGCCGGCAUCGUGGCCACCAUCUGUUUCUUGGCGGCUGCCAUCCUCUUCAGCACGCUCGCUGCAUGCUUCGUCAACAAGCAGCAUCACCGCAAACUCAAACGAAAGCGAGACCCUCCGCUAUCCAUAACGCAUACAAGGAAAAGCAUUGAAUCUCCGCCUCCUCUUACCCCCUUGCCUGGCAUUGAGCCCUACUGGGAAGAGCCAGACAGGAGCAGCUACAGGCCCCCAUCCACCAGCCCUCAGCUGUCCUCUGGGAAGAUCAGUCCUGAGAGUAUCGACUCUUCCCGGCCCCCAUCUCUGGCCAGCGUGGGUGGACACGGCCUUUACGUGAAGAAGUUGCCAAGCCCCAGGAAAGAGAAAGAGCUUUCCCUCUAUAAGAAAACCAAGAGAGCAAUAACCAGUAAGAAGUACAGCGUGUCCAAGCAUGAGGCCGAGGUCACUACUCCCAUCGAGCUGAUCAGCCGUGGACCCGAUGGCCGAUUCAUCAUGGAUCCCACAGACAUCGACAUGUCCCUCAAGUCUCGGCGUAUUGAGGGUUUCCCCUUUGUGGAAGAAUCAGACUUGUAUCCCGAGUUCCGCCAGUCAGACGAGGAGAACGAUGACCCAGGGCCCCUACCCCCAGUCAUGGCCACCCUCAGGCCCCAGAUAUCCCCUGUGUCCUCCAGCCAGGAGUCCUACAUGCAGCCCCCAGCCUACAGCCCCCGGUUCCAGAGGCCCAUGGAAGGUAUGAGCAUCUUGGAGGGUAGUCGGCUUCAGGCCACAGGGCAGAGCCAGGUCUCCCAUUUUCACAGGGUCUUCCCUCCAGGGCCCUUCUAUGGCUAUCUAGGUAGUGGUGCUGAGGUGGAGCUUUACCCUCCAUUUUACAUGCCUGAUGUUAGCCCACGUAGCUCUGCCAUGUCCUCCUCACCAUCAUAUCCCCCCGAGGGGCCGUUCCGUCAUCCCACCAUCCCCGAGGAGAGGGAGGAGCUGAGGAUCCAUCAGUACGGCGCUUCCGGCCAUGCCCUCCCACUGGUGCAUAGCCCUCCCUCCUCUCGCUCGACCGAGAUCUGGCAGCCUCCUGACUUCCCCUUUCUGGGUCAGGAGGGUCCCCGUCUCGCUCUUCCACCACGUCAUUCCUCAUAUCUCCACCGGGACCUCCCCGAGCCCCCACCAUACCCCUCCCAUAGCCGCACUCUUGGCACCACAUCUCAGCUCCCUUCAAGCUCUGCUUUCCUCCAGCUGGAGGCUCCUAGAGCCCACCUGAGCAGAUCUCCCAGCAGGUUCCCACCUCAGGGCCCUUCAGCAAAGCAUAUAACUAUGCAACAGGCCCAGAGUCUGGGGCAGUUGAGACACACUGCCCACGGUAUGGGUGUACCAGUGUUGCCUUACUCAGGCGCCACGGCCCGCAUGGGGAGCCCAAGCACACUGCAAAGUGAGAGCUCAGACGGCUGGAGGUCCGAGGCCCAGCAUUGGCUGAGCCCUAGGGCGGCACGGCGGAUGGAUCUUGGCCUGCAGCAGGUGGUCCUGCAGCCGUCGCAACUCUCCCCUCUCACGCAGACCCCUCCCAGCUCACAUGCCGGCUCUCCAGAUAUCCUUGUCCGCCCUCCUCCCCGACCCAGCAUCCUGCGGCCUUCCCGCUCUCAAGAGAUGCCUGAGAGUGCCCGUCACCCUGCCAGUGUCUCCUUCUCCCGGAGGUCUCUCUCCUCUUCCCCUGCCACAUCACCCACCCAGGGCCAGAGGGCCAGCCUCAGCUACCGCACUCAUAUGGCCUUUGCCACAGCAGCGGCCAGUUACCCCUCCCAGUCCCCUUCACCCCCCACGGAGAGCAAUGAUGCUUUCGGCCAGAUGCCAUCUCAAAGAAGGACAGAUGAGGAGAUGCUUCCCUCAGAACCCUCUCCAGGGGAGCAUCUAGGUGCAGUGAGAGUCCCUGCAGGGUCUGAGAGCUUUGAAGCACUGAUUUAUUAUUGUAUUAAUAAAGACAAGAAAUCAUCAGCCAACAAGAACAACAACUCCAGAUUUAAGAAAAGGACAGAUGUGUCGUCCUCUCAGACCCCGCAGCCGCAUGCAUCUCAGGCCUCAGAGCAAAGAGAACAUCUUAGCUCUCCCUCCAAGAAAAAGUGGAAAGGUCCACUUAGAAAGCCUCCCUGUCUCCAUCUGUCCUCUCUGCUGCGCUGGCUUCACCCCAGAGAAGACAGGAAGUCACUUCUGGCCAGUAUGGACCCUGCCCCCUCAAACUAUGGCUCUCUGCUCUGAGAGCCCCUCCCCUCCCACACUAACCUUAUCCUGUGGGGUGGAUCGUCUCCUUGUCCAUUAGUAAAAUAUACAAUGGACAUGCUUUCAGUACUGUUUUGUAAUCAGUCUAAACUAGAUACGAUUUAUUAUCUUCGUUUGGCACAAUAUCCUACACAUAUCUGUAUUUUCUGUAAAUUUACACAAAGGAAAAAGAACAGGGGUGCUGCUCUUUUAGAAGAAAUGGAAAAGGACAGGAAAAGCUCUUUGUUUCAUAAUAAAAGUAAAAGAAUAGCAAUCCAUUAAAUGCUUGGAAAAAGGCCCUUCAGUUUUUGUAAUAAGGUCUUAAAUGUCAGAAUUGUGUAUAUUGUGAAGGACAGAGAGUUUAAUACUCUGUACAGAUUUGUCCCUCAAGACUUGAUAGUUACUACAGGGUUUCUCAUCUUCCUUCUACAAAAUAUACCUCAAAAAGCAAGAAAGAAAAAAAAAAAAAAGAGGAAGAAACAAUCUGGCACAUAUUUCAGCACUUCUACCAUAUUUUGUGCAAGCUGACAUAUUUCAUUCAGAAUGACAUAUGUUGUCUGUUUGUGGCAAAGCUUUAACAGUAUUACAAAACAUGGGGGAUUAAGCCCAGAACGCUCAAAAUGAUUGUUCUUUUGUCAAAUUUAUUUGUUUAUAAAAUAUAAAAAAAUGAAAUAUAAAGCACAUAAUAUCAUAGAAAUUGUAAGCUUCAAAAGACUCUGGUUGGCUGCAAUACUAGACAGGUUAUGCGACAAUAUUUGAACAGGUAUUUAGUUAUUUAUGAUGUCAAAGCUCAGAUUGAUCCAAUUUUUAGCUCUAAGCAAAGGAAGGUGGAAGAGAAAAUAUUCUUGUUGAUUUUUCUAAUAAUUUAUGUUAUAUAUUAUUUAUGACAUUAUUUAAUGGGUUAGGCACCUUUUUAUCAGUUUAAAGAUUAUUUUAAAACAUGACAUCUAAAGUGUUUGGAAGUUGAAUAAUAUUCGCCCCCUUAAAAAGAUUCAAGUUCACACUGAAUUUUAGGAGUAUACUUUUUGACAUGUUCAGAUGACAUAUUUAAAAAUGUAAUAUUUAAACUAAUGUAGCAGUAUUUGGUCCUUGUCUUGCACAAAUGUAGUUAGAAGUGGUGAAAUGCAUUAUUAAUCUUUCAAUCACUUCCUUGAGGAAAAUAAUAAUUUGAUGUAUGUUGCUUUAGAUAUACACAAAGGCAGUACAGUAGAUAUUGUGCAAACUAAUGAAGACAUCAGUAUAACAGCAAAAUGAAAUUAUCAGUGUGUUUUACAGAAGUGAACCUCCAAAAGUGUUCUUUUUAAAAAAAAAAAAAAAAGAAUAAUAAUUUUCGAGUAGAUUAUAGGCCUGUUGUGCUCUCAAAACUAUCUUUAGUAUGUAUCAUCCAUCUCCGCACACCUGAAUUCAAUAGCAGAGUUUUUGUUAGCUGAAUUAUUAAUGAUGAGUUUAGUAUGUCUGAACAGCUGUUCAUUGAAUCCAGAGCUCACUAACAGCUGCUGAUUUGCUACUACAGCAAAAGCUAAUCAAGCGUUUAGUUUAACCGAUGGUGAAUGUAUUGUUUGCUCUUAGAAGAUCAGAUUUAUCUGAACAUUUUCAUUGUGAUUCAAUGUGUUUUUGUUCAUUUAGAUGCCAAUCAAUGCGAUCAACUCCAAAUCAAAUCUCCAAGUGACUCUGUGGGGUUUGUUGUGGCUAAAGUUUAACAAUGAGGUACGAUGUCAUAGGAAAAUGAAUAUCAUGCAGUACUUGAAUCCGAAUGAGUAUACAAGCAGAAAACACUGGGAUGAAAUUCUGUGUUCACAGAGUAAAGAUUGAUUUUUAUCAUAAGAUUGAGUAAAGAUUGAGACAAAAAAGUGACACUGAGUGUAUAGGAUUUGACUUAAGUGCCCAAAGGGCUGUUUACUUUCUUUAUAUAUAUAUAUAUAUAUAUAUAUAUAUAUAUAUAUAUAUAUAA